AUGGCUGAUGGCGCUGUCCUUGCAAUGCGACAGCGAGGCACCCGUAAGGCUCGCCCAGACAACCACUUGCCCCAAAAUCGCGAAAUUGGGGAUGGCCUGAUCAUAGAUAGAACUGCCUUAAUUCAAAUUCAUUCUGAAAUAGUCAUCAGGGCCUUUGGUCUCGCUGCAACUCUGCUAAUGGACUCACAGGAUGACAAGCCUUUGACCGCCGCUUCAAAACGGCCGACGCGGAAGAGGAAGCAGCGCAUAACACAGAAUGGCCAAGAGGGGAGCAGGAAGAGCAGGAAAAAGGACAGCUUCGUACAACGGAAGGACCGGCCAUCACUGACAUGGCUCCUCCCAGGAGCUGCCAGAGCUCAGCGCCGGCCCCUACCUCGGCCAACCAAACCUCCACCACCAGGAAUAACUCCUCAGAGGAGGAUUGGUGUUUGGCGGCGAGUGCGCGAUGGAGGGGACACAGGAACGCCCGUUUUCGUGACACUUGGAGGCGAGAUUGUCGCCAAGCCUCACAGCUACAGUGCUGCCCAGCGAGAUGAAGCAAUUCUUGCCGCCGCAGGUAUCCGUGUGUGCAAUUACUUGCGCUUUGUCAAAGGCGUAUCUCCUCUGGACGCGGUAGAAGAAGUCGUAUUGAAGUCCCAGAAACAACUUGCCUUGGCGCUUAACUGCGCCCUUGUUGCAGGAGCUGAUGCUGCUCCGUGGAGAUCUUUGGUGUACUGUGCCCCCACAUCCGGCGGAAAGAGUCUUGUGGGUGAAGUGCUAAUAUCCCGACGUCUUUUGUUCGAAGGCGUGCGUUCGCUGGUGGUGGUGCCGCACGUCUCCCUCUGUGCGGAAAAGGUCCAGCACCUGCGCCAGCUGCUGGGCCCGUUGACGCUGCGCAUCGAGGCCUUCCACGCGGGAGCCAAUGCGGCGUCGAACUGGUACGCUGGAAUAGAUGUGGCGGUCUGCACGGUGGAGAAAGCAAACAUGAUAAUCAACAGAUUGGUGCUGGAUUUGUUGAUUCCCGAAGUUGCAACGGCGGAAAGCGCUGAUGAGAGUCUGGAGGCGCCUGCUAGAUGCGAGCUGCCUGAGAGGAACAACUGUCGCACGUUGGAUGAGAGUUGUUCCUGGGCAAGCCAGUGGUGGGACAGUGUGCGUUGCCGCUUGCCUGUCGUUGGGGAGCACUUUCCCCUUGGUCUGGUUUGUGUCGAUGAACUUCAUUUCGUUGGAGAUCCUCAGAGGGGCCAUAUCCUUGAAAUUUUUCUAGCGAAGCUGAUAUUCCUCAACCGAACCCUCAAGAGACCUAUUCAGUUAGUUGGCAUGUCAGCCACCCUCCCAAAUGCCAAGCAAGUUGCAAAAUGGCUUGAUGCAGAGUUGUUCGUGACGGAUGAGCGUCCCUCCCCUCUCGACAUCUUCGUUAAGGUUGGACCAGAGGUGUUUUCAUGGGACAGGGGGGCAGGAUUGCAGCUUGCCCGCAAGCUCCACGACGGGUCUCUUUCUUUGCCCCCAGUCGGGGAGGCGGCAACAAGCGCUGCAGCCCGGGCAUUGCGAUUGGCUGCUUCUCAGUAUACCCCUGUUGCAACGGGACCAUUACCUGCCACUGCAGAGCUCACAGCCAGUGCGGAGAUGAUCGCAGAUCAUGCCUCCAUUGCUGCUGCAGCUCUGCGCUUUAUAAGAGAGCAAGCCGAUGCCUCCCCGCAAACACCCUCGCGUACAAAAGGCGGAGUUGAAUCGGUUGGAGAGUUAAAAAACGCUCCCGCAGAAGAAAUCCGCUGUGGGUGGCAGGCAGAUGCUGAGCAUCUGGGGAUGCUGACUUGGGAAAUGCUAAGGGAAGGCCGCAGAGUCAUAAUUUUUUGCCCGACUCAGGAGUGGACAGCCCGCACAGCAUCCUUCCUCGCCAGACGGGCGGAGGCAUGGGCUGAUCUGGUCAGACAACGAGCUGCUUCAUUGCUCAAGAGCAAAGAGUUCGAGUGCUCAAGGAGGCUACAAUCGCAUCGUCAAGACCAGCAUAGCGCUCCAGAUUUGCAACAGGAGCGCAUGAACUAUCAGUUGCAACAGCAGAAACGGGCGCAACGGGAAGCAAUGAAGGAGCUUCUUGCCAUGCCUAUCAGUAUGCUUGCCCAGUUGUUGGUGCAAAGUCCUCACCUGUUUGUUGAGCCGCAAAAGAUCAAGGGGCGCGAAGAGUUGCAAUGGCAACUCAAAGAACUUUCCCUUGUUCACUCAACAACUAUGCUGGCGGCAGUUCUCGAGGGGGUUGCGUACCAUCAUGCCGGCUUGACCGGCGAGGAGAGGGCGUUGCUGGAGGCGGGAUACCGCAGCGGCCACUUGAAUGUAUUGUGCGCAACGUCGACGCUUGCCCUUGGCGUCAAUUUACCGGCUGCUCGCGUCAUAAUUCGGGCGCCGCACGUACGUCCAGACAUGUCGUCAAUGGAUUCUUGGCAAUCGCCGUUAUUGACGGAGCUGACGAGAAAUCACUCCGCUAUUCGGUUCGGAAGAGAUGAACUUUUGUCUCCCGGACGCUUCCACCAGAUGGCUGGUCGCGCGGGUCGAAAGGGACUUGAACACCGGGGAGACGCGUACUUGAUUUGCUCCUCUGCCACUUUGCCACUUGUUCGGAAGCUCUUAGUGGAAGUCGCUGCAGCGGAUGCAUCCGGCAGUGGUGGCUCUGAGACUAACGAAGGCCGUACAGAAACGAGCUCACGCUUAAAGGGGCAGAAUCUCUGUCGUUUCUUCCUUGAGGCUGUGCACGUGCUCCUGCCUUUAGUCCGUCACUCCCGGGAGACUUCCCGUCGUGCAGCAAGCGGCGCAUUCGUCGAUGUGGCUGCUAUUUUGCUGAAGUGCACCCUUCGAGGCCUUCAGGAUCCGCACGGGAUGCUCGUGGAAGAAGCCACAGAGGUUGCCCGUCACCUGCACUCGUAUUACCUGGUUGAAGCUGAACCUGGAGGCACAUCACCCUCCUGGCAGAGUGAUGGACCAACUGGCGUCAAGGGCUCCUCUGGCUUUUCGGCAUCUGCACGAGGCCUAGCAUUCGGAGUUGCUGCAGGAGCAGAGACAAAACCCGAGUUUGCCAAUGGGUCAGGGCAGCCCGUCAAUGCUGCAACGGCCGCCCCUGGCAAGUGCAGGAACCCACUGCGCUCCCUAGCUUUCCCCUCCCCUUGCUUGCCGGCUAACUGCAAGUUGUUGUUGGAGCAAUAUCCCUGUCUCCGCUCACCUGCAGUCGUGGCACGGAUGCUGCAAGGAUGCGACAUAAGCAGGAUGCCCGCAGAGAGAUUUUCCGGCACGUUGGACGUCCCUCCUGACCUCGAUGACAAGGGUUUCGACGGUGUCACACCGGUUUUCGGCGUCUGUUCGUCAGCUACUCCCCGGCUGAAGGGUGUGAGCAUUGGCCAGACUCAUCAGACACUGUCUGCCCCCGCCGACGACGCUUUUGGUUCGACCAUUUGCCUUCAUUUCCGUGGUCUUAAGGCGUUAGCUGCGCAGUUAAGCGGGUGUGGGAGCCCUGUUGAUGGCUUGGGGAUGACUGAACCUGAAGGGAGAGGAUCGAACUGGAGAGACGUAGGGGGACGGAUUGCAGUAACAGAGGUCGGAGGCGCAGCAGUCGAGGCCGGCAUAGCGCCAUGGGAAGCAGCUGAAUUAUUUGCAGACAUUUUCAAGACGAGUGUUUUGGGCCUCUGCGCGGACACGGAACUACACCUUAUAUUUCUUGCGGCCGUCUCAAUGGGAGGCGAAAUGCAGCCGCACUGGCAGUCGUACCUCGCUGUCUACGACAAGCUUGACCCGCCUUGCAGGCGGGUCGCCGACGUGCUAGGCAUUCGUCGGCUGGUCAUUUCCAGAGAGGCCAUAAGGGCACAAGGAGCACCUCGACGCUGCGUCAACGACACUGCAGAGCUUCUACUUCUCGAGCAGCUUAAUUUUUCCCAGCUCCGAGCACGCGUGGAGCUAGAAACCCACCGGCGCUUCUUCUUUGCCCUUGUGUUGCACGACGUGUAUCGAGAAGGUGAAACUUACGAGACUACCGCGCGCAGGCAAGUGAGCGAGGCAGGGCAGACUACAGAUUACCCGACGGCGCACUAUCGUGCCACAGUGGCGGCGUUAUCGGAGAUUUGUUUCGAGCUGGCAGGCAGGCUUAAGCUUGCCUGUUCUCCUGUUGGAGCGCUAGCUUCUGCCUUGGCAGACUCUUCUCGUCGGUGCAGAGAGAACAACGAAGCUAGGAGCACUGAAGAAGAUGGGGGCGCAGCUGCCUUACAACAGCUCCUUCAGCUCGAAGGCAUGACUCCGGGACGUGCAGCUGCUCUCCGCGCCGCUCAGAUAUACACCUCCGCUCAGAUUGCCAACACGUCACUGUAUGAUCUGUACAAGGUCCGCAAUACUGCCUGUCCUAGUCAAGAACAAGCUUGCAAGUUAAAGCAUUCUGGGGGUGGAUCAUGCACUAGGUGGCUAGUAUGUUCUUCGCAGGCGUUAGAGGCAGCAGAGCCCGCUCUUCUCGCCCCCGCAGAGCGUGAAGAGCAGAGAGAUCACGUUUGGGGGUCAGAGAUUUUCCGACAACGCGCGCGCCUGUUAGCUGUCAGCAUGAAACUCAAGGACGCAGCACAGAAGGAACACGAUAUGCGGGUACAGGUAUGCGUCUCAAAGUGA